AUGGAAGUAGAAUACUAUCGACCGGAACUGGAUGCUCCGGAAAAAAAUGAUGGCAGCAUCUAUUGGUUACGAGUGAUGUCGGCUUCGUUGGGUGUUUGGCCGGAAUAUUUUCUCGGUACAAGGAAACACUGGUGGAAACGUCUGUACUACUUUAUGAUCGUGAUGCACUGGUACAAUACCUAUCUGCAGGUGGAGUUUUUCUGUCAUAAUUUUGGAGAAUUGAAAACCGUCACCGAGGGUCUUUGCUCAUUCGGUAGCAUCAGUACAACUGGAAUAAAAAUAAUGCGAUUGCACAGCUACUCGGAGGAAAUCUGUCGGAUGCUGCAACUGAUUAGAAACCAUGAAUUUAUGCAGCAAAUUGCCUUUUUGAAAAAAGGAAAAAAUCGAAAAAUUUUCGACAAACUAGAGCUAAUAAUGCAAAACAAAUGGAAGGAGGUUAAUCUCAACUUGCGACUAUAUUGCUUCUCGGUUGGCAUUGUAGCUAGCACAUACUCGAUCGUACCGGCGGUUAUUAAUUUGAUUAAUCUGUUUCAAGGCAAUGAUAUUCCGAAAAGAUUCGUCUACAAAACCUACUACCGGUACAUGGAAAGGGCUAAGUAUAAUUUUCCUCUGCAUGAGCUGCUUUUUUGUUCCGAAUCCAUGUCCGGAUUUACGACCUGGGCUGGGGUUAUAGCAUUCGAUGGGCUCUAUGUCCUACUAACAAUGCAUGUCGUUACUAUGCUCAGCACACUUAAUUUGAUUAUAAAGGAAACAACAAAUAUUAACUUUGAUGACGACGAAAGUCGCUUUUUUCUGCGUGAGUGUAUUAGGCAUCAUACACGUGCAAUGAAGUUCCUGGAUUCCAUCAACGAAAUUUUUUCCCCGGUUUUGGUUGUACAAGUUUUUACUAGCACCUCGAUAAUCUGCGUUAUUGCAUUCCAUACCAGUGCAAAUGCGAACGAUCGUGAUUCGCAAACUCUCGUGAUGAUUCUGUACUUAAUUGCUGCCUUCUAUCAAUUGUUCCAGUUCUGCUGGUACGGACAGCGAGUUCAAAAUGAGAGCUUGCAAUUGCCGGACUCCGUUUACAGCUGUGAUUGGUACAAGCGGUCGAAGAAGUUUCAGACUACGAUGCAAAUCCUUCUGAUCGAGGUCCAGAAGACAGUGGACAUCAGCGCCUACAAUCUGUUCGUGAUGUCAUUAGAAACGUAUUUAACGAUUGUGCGAACAGCGGCUUCAUAUUUUACGGCUCUUCAAACAUUAACCGAAGAAUAA